AAUCCACUCAUAUUUUACAGGAUAUGAGUCAAACAACUUUAAUAAAUAGUUGCAGAUCUAUUUUCUUAAACAAAAACCAAAUUAAAUUUAACAGAGUCGUUUAAAAAGGCAUACAAGUUGUCUCGAUUCCCCAAUUCGAUAGACGAGCAAUCGGAGGCGUCAUGGCAACCAGUUUCUAGGAGCCCCGAUUCCGGAUUUAGCCCCAACAACGCAGCAGUCGGCGGAGCAAACAAUAAACAAACAUCAGACACCAAACAUCAAACAACUGGCGUAACCACAGCAGCAGGCACUUGGUUUUCAUUUACAUUUCGACUUCGUCUCGCACCGGCUCUCCAUCUGUUUCUACACACCAAACAUCCGAAUUGGCCUCUGAAAAUUAUUAGCUUUCCCGAGCUAACCCAGUGAUAAUCCUCCGGAGCAGCGGCAGGAUCUUAGAUGGUAUCGCCGCGGAAACCGGCAUCGUCCUACGGCCCAGGAGCAUCCCAUUUGGAAGCGAACAAUCUGAUGGCAGCGUCGGCAAAGAGCUGUGAGAGCCUAUUGUCGGCCAGCUCCCGGGAGUCGGCCAGCCUGAUCUACCAGCGAAGCAAGCCGCCUCCGCAACAACGUGGCGGCAUAAAGGCUUCCGGCAGCAUGAGCUCCCAGAACCACAACGAGAUCCAUCAGCGGGUUAUGUCCGCGAGGAAUCUCCGCGCCAAGACCUUCCAGAACCAACUGGCCGAUGCCCAGGCGGAGAUCGCCAAUCUGGCGCACGAGAACCGCAUGCUCCGCACCCUCCACAAACGCCAGUCCUCGGCGCUGAACAAGUACGAGUCCAGCAACGACGGGCUGCCCAAGUUGCUCCACUCCCACGCCGAGGAGCUGCGCAUGUGGCAGGUCAAGUACCGCAAUCUGCAGGCUGUGAACAAGGAUCUGGAGCUUAAGCUCAAGCAGAAGGAGAGCAUCAUCCUUUCGCUGAGCGAUGAGAACAAACGAUACAACCAGCUCAACAAGGAUAAGAAUUUGGACGAGCGCCAAAAGCUUCAGGAAAAGUUGAAAUCUCUGGAGCAGCGUCUGGAGGAGAAGGAUAACGACAUGAAGCUGUUGGCCCGCAAGGUGCAGCUGGAGUCCAAGAACGUUCGCCAGCAACUGCUCAACGAGCAAAGGAAGGGCAAGGAGGUGAUGCUGAAGCUGGAGAAGGCCAAACUGGAGAUUAGUGGCUAUCGCAAGCUGGAAGAGUACACUCUCGGCACUGACAAGGGGAAUCCCUUGUCCUCCGGAAGACGAACUAAACUGAGUGGCGUCUCCGAGGAGCCGGAAAAGAUCGACAAGUUGGAGAAGUCACGGGAAAUGUUUUCUAGCAUUGAGAAGAACAACCAGAGCGAGUUCACCGCUUUGACGGAUGUGAUGGAGUCCGAAUCGUUCUACGACUUCGAUAAGGACAGUGCCGAGGACAAGAGUGGACCAAACACUCCACCUAGUCAAAUCGAGCGACAUGUGGGAGGGCGCGGCGGCAAGCUUAUCCUGCCGCCGGCCACGAACCAGGCUAAGAUGGGACAAAACGCACGUCGGUCCGCUCUGAGCCAAGUGCUCUCGGCCCAGGGAAAGAUUCCGGUAUCUUCUGGAAAGUCUGGAAAAUCACGAAUUGCCGUUGCAGUGCCCAAGAUGGAAAGUGUCCAGGUCAGCAAGCGUCGUGAGCCGGAGACCAUGCCCAGAUUGGCUUCCGCCGAAGCUAAUCCCAAGCAGAUAUCCCUGAAAUCUCUGGAGUACGAGUACGAAGACGACUAUGAGCCGGCUGGCGAAGACGAUGUGGAUGAUGCAUACGGCCUGAUGAACAAGAUGUGCAAGCCGGGAGAGGAACCCGAGGACAACAGCGAAGAUAAUGCCAACGAUAGCAGUCUGCUGAAAUACGCCGCAUACCCAGAUAACAAGAGCAGCAAGGGCGAUCCCCGAGAGGACUCGACGGAGGAGUACGACGGAACUGAUGGUGAAGAAACGCAACGCAGCGAAGACGAGCCCCAGGACAAUGGUUUACGUGCUCCACGUCUGAAGGAGAACAUGUCCAGCCUGCGCAAGCAGAUCUCGGAUGACUACAAGGAGCGCGAGAGCUUCCUGGAGACGUUCUGCCGCCAGGCCAGCAGCAGCAAUAUGCGCGACGAUCCUGCGCCAAAGAAGAGGAACAGCAUCGCUACCGGAGCAGCGGCCAGUAGCCACAUGACUGGCAGUCGCAAGCACGCCCUCUUGGCCGCUUUGAAGACGAUCGACGACAACAAGAGCCAGGACUAGAGAACAAUGCAUUAAUUUCACCCACGUCCAGUUCGUUAGUCGUUAAGCGGUGUUGGGUUAUAUAUAUAUUUUUCAAGCUGAGGCCCGUGCGUCCGGCCCAGAUGGAGCAGCUGCAUCAGUGACUGGCCCAGAUGGCUCGAAUCCAGCCCUUGAUGCAUUUGCUCCAUGGCCGGUCGCACGGACGUUGAUUAAAUUUUAAUAUAAAUGUA